AUGUACCCUUUUGUCAGAUUGUUAUCCUCUGGAACUACAAUUAUCCCUCGAGCAGCAGCACCUGUUACUGAUGUGCAGGUAUUCAGUGUGAUCAACUUAUGUGAUUGUCAUUAUUUGUAUGUGAAGCAUGGAUCUACAUCCUUUAUCCAACAACCUCAAAAUUCCCGCGGAUCUAUGUUUGGGACAUCCUUUGAAUCAGAGAGAGCAUCUAGAAUUAGAGCUGAACAAUUGGCUGCAGCUACAUCAACUCGACUCGAAGAGGCUACCAAAGUUAUUCAGGCGUCAAAUGAUAUUGCUCAGAAGGCAACCGAACAAUAUCAAGCGUCUAACGAGUUUGUUAAGAAGAUGGAGUCUGAACUGAAUGCUUUGAAGGCAUUUAUCAUGCAGAAGCUUGACCCUACAAAUGGUCAAUCUGCUAGAGUUGUCAUUCGAUCGUCAAAUCCUCACUAUGAUGAUGAUUUAGAUGACCAAUCAUUAAGUGAAGAUUGA